AUGGCAAGUAAAGCAGAGUGUGUUCGUGCCGUGGACGUCCUGACCGUGCUCAGAGAGAAAGUGGCCUUCGUUUCAGUGAGGAGGAUGCGAGCCCGGGGCUUCACCGUGGUGGUGGACAUGCGGGGCAGUAAGUGGGACAGUGUGAAGCCGGUCCUGAGGACCCUCCAGGAGACCUUCUCCUCCAGCAUCCACUCAGCCCUGCUCAUCAAGCCAGACACCUUCUGGCAGAAGCACCGCACCAACCUGGGCAGCGCCAAGCUCACCUUCGAGACGAGCCUGGUGUCUGUGGAGGGCCUGUCUCGUCUCGUGGACCCCUCCCAGCUGACCUCUGACCUGGGGGGCUCCCUGGAGUACGACCACGUGGAGUGGACCGAGCUGCGUCUGGGUCUGGAGGAGUUCACCGGCGCCGCCACCGCGCUGCUGGCCCAGCUGGACCAGCUGGAGGCCGGGCUGAACCGCAUCGCCGAGCCCCAGGACGUAGACGAGGCCCGCAGACUCCUGGAGGAACAUGGUCGUCUCCGUAACACCAUCUCCACGGCGCCAGUGGACGCCCUGGAGCGAGAGGGGCGGAGCCUGCUGCAGCGCAUGCGCCUGGCCCCCCCCCACGGCGAGGCCCCCACCUCCACCGACGGUGGGGGGGGGGGCUGCUGUAGCCAUGGCAGCUGGCUGUCGGGCGGCGCCGACUUCCAGAGCGUGGCGCCGAAGGUCUCCUCGCUGCUGGAGCGUCUGCAGGCGGCGAGAGGACACCUGCUGCAGAGCUGGGGGGACAGGAAGCUGGUCCUGGACCAGGGUCUGCAGCUACACCUGUUCCAGCAGGACGCUGCCAAGAUGUCGGAGUGGAUCGCCCACAGUAAAGACCUGUUCAUGCAGAGUCUGGCCGAGGUGGGCCAGAACCACCAGCACGCCCUAGACCUCCAGACCCAGCACCAGCACUUCACCGCCAACUGCAUGAACGGCAGUGUGAACGUGGACAGCGUGGUCACGGUGGCGGCGCGGCUAGCGGAGGCCGGUCACUACGGCGCCGAGCGCAUCGCCAAGGUGUCGUCGCGGUUACAGGAAGACUGGAAGUCCCUGACGACGGCACUGGAGGAGCGCAGCAACACGCUCGCCAUGGCGACCGGCUUCCACCAGGGGGCGGAGCAGUUCCUGCUCAGAGUGGAGGGCUGGGUUCAGGCGUGCUCUGAAGGCUCGUUGCCGACAGCAACAGCCGAGCUGGAAGCUGCGACCAAGAAGCACCAGGAGCUCAACGAGGAAAUCUCAGCCAACUACACACAGGUGAGUGAGAGCGGUAAAGCGUUACUAGAAGUCCUCCAGAGAUGUCCGGCGACCGACUCCGAUGACUCGGCCACCAAACCAGACUUCACUGCUGCCACGCACGGCAUCAUGGGAACUCUGCACCAGGUCAUGCAGGGUCAUCACGAGGUGGAGGGGGCGUGGCAGCACCGCAAGCUCCGCCUCCACCAGCGCCUGCAGCUCUGCGUGUUCCAGCAGGACGUCAGACAGGUGCUAGACUGGGUGGAGCAGCAUGGCGAGGUGUUCCUGAACAAACACAGCGGCGUGGGGAAGUCUCUGCACCGGGCUCGAGCUCUGCAGAAACGCCACGACGACUUCCAGCAGGUCGCUCAGAACACUUACACUAAUGCAGAGAAGCUCCUGGAAGCAGCCGAUCAGCUGGCUCAGUCUGGAGAGUGCGAGGAGGAGGAGAUCUACCAGGCAGCCAGAGAUCUGGAGCUCCGCAUGCAGGCGUUCAUCCAAAGAGUGGAACAGAGGAAGCUGCUGCUGGACCUUGCUGUAUCUUUCUACACACACACCAAGGAGCUGUCUGUGUGGAUGGAGGGUCUCCAGAAGCAGCUGUCCUCAGAUGUCCCAGUGUGUCCCGAGACCGUGGAUGCUCUGCAGACUCUGAUCAGCCAGCAGCAGCAGCAGCAGGCCAACACACAGGAGGCUGCAAUGAGUGUGAUCCGGGAAGGAGAAGACCUCAUCCUGCAACUCAGGCCCCAGGGCAGCUCGGUGGCCCACGUGGAGACAGUGCUGCAGCAGCUGGAGGAGUCCCACGCUCAGCUGGAGGAUCUCUUCCACCAGAGGAAGAUCCGAUUGGACGUUUACCUGCAGCUCCGCAUCCUGCAGCAGUGCACGCUGGAGGUAACGGGGGAAAUAGACGCCUGGAAGCAGGACCUCCACAAACAGUCCCAGGACUUCUCCGCAGAGAAGCUAGCAUCGCCGCGGCUAGCGGAUGCCAACCAGGACAAGCUAGCCCAGGACAAGCUAGCACUGGGCCAGUCGCGGAUGGCCGAGGCUAGCCCGGAGGUGCUAACGCUAGCACAACAGCGCAUCCACAG